CCUGCGAAGGCUUCGUCUGGAGCCACGUCCUUCCGAACUCCUUUGUCCGCCCAGCCAUGCUAAGCCCAGGAUGAAGCUGGAGGCCGUAGUGGAGCAGCUGCAGAAGCAGCAACAGCAGCAGCAGGUGCCUCCUCCCCCGAUGGAACCCCGAGACCGACCCCCGAGGCUGAUGAGGGACCCUCCGUUGCAGUUCCCUCCACAGAUGACCCUCCAGCAAGCCGGCCUGGCUGCCACUCCCGGCAAAGUUUCCGGUGGGCCCAUCCUUGGACCUUCCGCUAGGAUGCCCCCCGUCCUGGGGGCGUCUCGGACAUUUGACCAGAGCGCUCUGAACUCGGAGGAGGAAGAGGAGGAGGAGGAAGAGGAGGAGGAGGAGGAGGAAGAAGAUUCAGAAGACGGCGACCUGGAGGACAACAGCGCCCCCAGAACUGGCCAGGAGGCGCGAUCGGCUCUCCAAUACUUUCACGCUUCCAAAGCGGUUUCCCACAACCAAAGAGUGACUCCUUCCUCUAAGCCUCUGCCGGUUCUCGGGGCCCAGCGGAAUCCCCAGGGAAAGGACCAAGCGGGGAAGGAAGCCCCCAACGUCCUCUUUUCCGGGGCUCCAACUGGGAGACAGGCGUGGAGACUGGAGGAGCAGCACAAGCAGAACGGGAACCUAACUUGGAGCGAAGAAGCCGACAGCAGCAGAGGGAGAGAGGUCUCCCGCGACUUUGCCAAGUUGUAUGAAUUGGAUAGCGACCCCGAACGGAAGAAAUUCCUGGACGAUCUCUUCAUUUUUAUGCAUAAGAGGGGGACACCCAUCAAUCGCAUCCCCAUUAUGGCCAAGCAGAUCCUGGACCUUUACAUGCUCUACAAGCUGGUGACCGAGAAAGGAGGCUUGGUGGAGAUCAUCAACAAGAAAAUCUGGAGGGAGAUCACCAAAGGCCUUAACCUUCCCACCUCCAUCACCAGUGCAGCAUUCACGCUUCGCACCCAGUAUAUGAAGUACCUCUACGCCUACGAAUGUGAGAAGAAGUCCUUAAGCUCGCCUGCUGAGUUGCAGGCCGCCAUCGACGGCAACAGGCGGGAAGGCCGGCGGCCCAGUUACAGCUCCCCCUUAUUCGGCUUCUCCCCCGCCACCCCGGGACCGCCUUCGCUCCUGUGUCCCCCCAAGAUGCGCUUCCCCCUUGUUAGCCUCGCCCCCAGCAGCACAACUAGCAACCCACACCUCUCUUCGGCGGGCCCUCUCAGGAAAGGUGAUGGCCUGUCUUUGACCGCCUCCGCGCCAAAUCGCCUCGCCAUGCCUGUCAGCUUGGCCAACCAGCAGGCCACGGUAGCCGUUGCGGCGGCCACCAGGACGGCCACCUUGGAACAGUUGAAGGAACGGCUGGAAUCCGGAGAGCCGGCGGAGAAGAUGGCACGGAUGACGGAGGAAGAGCAGCGCUUCGUCCAGCAGGCCCUUCAGAGGAACCUCUUCAGCAUGGCCCGACAGCUGCCCAUGAAGAUUAAGAUCAACGGCCGAGAAGAUAAAUCAGAUGCAGCAGCUGCAUCCGCAGCAUUAAACUGGACUCCUUCUGGCUUCGGCAGCAUCAAUAUGUCAGUGGAAAUCAACGGCACAAUCUAUGCUGGAGUCCUCUUUGCUCAAAAGCCCGUCGUCCACCUCCUUGCCGGCUCCAACGCCCAGAGCACCAGUGGCGGGGCAAGCAGUAGCUCUCCCAGCCCCACCUCCUCCAGAGGCACACCCCGCACCGCCGAGCCCUCCACCAGCUGGUCUCUUUGAGGGUCUCGGCGGGGCUCCGCUCUCCAGCCUCGAGCGGCUCCUCUGUCCCCAGGAGAAGUCCCGUCCUCCCCCCGUCGA